GCAAUCACCACCUAGACUGUAAUAACUGCAAGGGCUCCACUGAAGGCUGCCUGAGGGGCCAGGGAGUAAGGAUGGAGAAAGGAAUGAAUGUCCUUCAUGAUUUUGGCAUCCAGUCAACGCACUACCUCCAGGUGAAUUACCAGGACUCCCAGGAUUGGUUCAUCUUGGUGUCCGUGAUCGCAGACCUCAGGAAUGCCUUCUAUGUCCUCUUCCCCAUCUGGUUCCAUCUUCGUGAAGCUGUGGGCAUUAAACUCCUCUGGGUAGCUGUGAUUGGAGACUGGCUCAACCUCGUCUUUAAGUGGAUUCUCUUUGGACAGCGUCCUUACUGGUGGGUCAUGGACACCGACUACUACAGCAACAGCUCCGUGCCACUGAUAAAGCAGUUCCCAGUCACUUGUGAGACUGGACCAGGAAGUCCCUCUGGUCAUGCCAUGGGUACAGCAGGUGUAUACUAUGUGAUGGUCACAUCCACCCUCUCUAUGUUUCGGGGAAAGAAAAAGCCAACCUACAGAUUUCGGUGCCUGAACGUCAUUUUGUGGUUGGUAUUCUGGGCAGUGCAGCUGAACGUCUGUUUGUCCCGAAUCUACCUUGCUGCUCAUUUUCCCCAUCAGGUUGUCGCUGGAGUCCUAUCAGGCAUUGUUGUAGCCGAAACCUUCCGCCACAUCCAGAGCAUCUACAAUGCCAGCCUCAAGAAAUAUUUUCUCAUUACCUUCUUCCUGCUCAGCUUUGCCAUUGGAUUUUACCUGCUGCUAAAGGGGUUGGGUGUAGACCUCCUGUGGACACUAGAAAAAGCCAAGAGAUGGUGUGAGCGGCCAGAAUGGGUCCACAUUGACACCACGCCCUUUGCCAGCCUCCUUAAGAAUGUGGGGACCCUCUUUGGCUUGGGGUUGGCUCUCAACUCCAGCAUGUACCGGGAGAGCUGCAAGGGUGUGCUUAGCAAGUGGCUCCCGUUCCGCCUCAGCUGUAUCGUGGUCUCUCUCAUCCUCCUGCACCUCUUUGACUCUUUGAAACCCCCAUCCCAGAUUGAGCUGAUCUUCUACAUCCUGUCCUUCUGCAAGAGUGCCGCGGUGCCCCUGGCCUCUGUCAGCCUCAUCCCUUACUGCCUUGCCCGGGUCCUGGGCCAGCCGGACAAGAAGUCUUUGUAAAGGAUGUGGAGUCUUCGGUAUUCAAAGUCAAUGACUGUGCCAACCAUUGAGGAUGGCUAAGAUCUUCUGCCAGCCCGUUUUGAGGCCAGAGGUGCUAAUCAGCUGAGAAAGCCUUGUCUGUUAAAAGUUGGGUCGUUUUGGAUUUUUCCCUGAAGACUUGCUUGUUCUUCUUUUAGAUGUACAAAAGCAAGACUUCCAGGAAGGGCCAGCUCAUAAUCCCGGGUGGGGGACCCCAACUGAAAUUUUUGUUCCGGUCCCCAUCCUUACCCAGACAAGGGAAAGGAGCAGUGAAUUAGAUAGGGAAAGAAGGAUGAUUAAGGAAGGCUUUUUAGGAUCUUGCAUAUCAUGCAGCUGAUGUUAAACAAUAUCUAAAUGGCUUUGUUCAUAUUUGAAUCUUUAGGUAAGGGACUCAAUAUUGGGGGACCAACUUAAAGUCUAAUUAUAGGUAGUUAGUGAGGAAAUUCUGCUUCUUGCAUUUUUCCAUUAUAUACCUAUGGUCAUUGUAUUGACGAGGCUUUCUGAAUGACCACAGUGACCUAGAUUUGUACUAGGUCAGCACAUUCAGGUAUAGUCAGCUUCUCCUCUAUCACACUAGAUCUUUCUCCUUGUUAGCCCAGCUCUGCUUUCCCUAGAACUUUCCACUAACCCCACAUCCUGCCGGAUUCUCAGAUGCCUAAAGGCAACUCUGGGUAGUGCUUUGUAUGGUUUAGUGAAGUUCCAAGAUCUUGGGCAAAAAGGUGAGGAGAGGGCAGGGAGAGAUAAGGAUUCCUCUCUCCAGAAGGUCACUCCAAUGUUACUUUUGAUUCCUAGAGGGUAAAUAUGACUCCUUUCUCUAUCCCACGCCAACCAAGAGCACAUUCUUUGAGGAAAAGCCAACUCUUCCUUGCCUUUUCUUCAGUCUCAGUUGAUUUGCAGAAUAUGCCUUAAAAAACGUUAAAGUCUAUUUAUUUGAGAGUCCUUGUUUUUGCUACUAAUUAUACAGUUUGCCAUCUAUUACCAUUCACACCAACCAUCCUGGUCAUCACAUCUUUGAAAAGAAAACUAUAUAUGUGCAGUAUUUUAUUAAAACAACAUUUUAUUUAAG